CAUGGACCCUCAUUCCAUCCUACUGACAUUUUCUUCGCAUUCACUUAAACAUAUUCAGACUCCACGGCAAUUUCUGCCCAACAAUUCGACAACGAUCAUCAUUCAUGACCAUGACGACCAAGACUGUCGUGGCCUUUGACCUAUAUGGCACGCUACUGUCAACAGACUCCAUUGCCAAGCAGUUAGAGAAGCAUUUCGACGCGGCUAAGGCGAAGUCCAUCUCUACGCUCUGGAGACGGUACCAGCUGGAAUAUACAUGGAGACUCAACAGCAUGGGGUGCUACGAGGACUUCUCGAGCAUUACUCGAAACUCGCUGCUCCAUGCCCUGGCAGAACAAGGCGAGGAGCUGAGUGAUAGCGAGAUCGCUAUUCUGAUGGAAGCCUAUGACAACCUAUCAAUAUUCCCCGAUGUGAACCUAGCCCUGAGCCGAAUCGCAACAGAUCCCACCAUCCAGGCCGUGGUGUUCUCCAAUGGGUCUAGGACUAUGGUCUCCAACUCCGUGCUCUGCUCCAGAGACCUAGCCCCGCAAGCCAACGCCUUCCAGGACUUCAUCACAGUUGACGAGGUUCGACAGUAUAAGCCAUCCCGUACGAGUUAUCAGCACCUCGCCCAGAAGGUCGGCAAGCAGCCAUCGCAGAUGGGCGAGGUAUGGCUUAUAAGUGGUAACCCAUUCGACAUCGUUGGUGCACGUAGUGUGGGCAUGCACGCGAUCUGGAUUGAUCGAGCCAACAGAGGAUGGCAGGACGCUGCUAUGCCGAAUCUGCGGCCCACGGCUAUUGUAUGUAGCUUGGGGCAUAUCGUGGAGGAGAUCAAUCGCCACCGCAAGUCAUCCUAUUGA